AUGGCGUGUUGUGAGGACCCAUAUUGCUGCUUUUCAGCCCUCAGGAUAAUCAGCUCCGUCACGGCCCUGUUUUCUCUCCUUAUCUCAGCUGCAUCUUCUCAGUUCCUGGGUCCAGACUCCACUACAGUUCCUCCAAAGAAACCGGACCCUGUGACAUCGGAAACUGUGGUUUUCUGGGGACUGCGGCUAUGGCAGGUGAUCGGAGUCUUCUCCAUUUUCGUCUUGGCCGUGAAUAAAAGAAAUAGAGUAAUACUUUUGGAGAACAGUCCUCAUGUAAUUGUACUGUGCUGCAUCUUCAAGUGCCGAAUCCCCAGAACAAAGAAGGAGAUUGAAGCACGCUAUGCCCAGCGUCAGGCUGCAAAGAGGUACGCCAACACUUUGGAUAAUGUUCCACCACUCAACGAACUGACAGAGAUGCCAGGAGAUUCCUCUGACACUAUUCCUUUGCAAACUGUCUCUGGUCAACUCCAGCACAGAUCUGUCCACUCUCUACCUGUCCUUCAGGAGGAAGAUGAAAUGGCUCCUGUUUGA